AGUUGAUAAUAGGUAUUAAGUUCCAUGGUGAAGAGGUGGGUUGAGUGGGGAGAAGGGGUCUUAGACAGGAGACUCCCAGGGGUGUCAGCGGGUGGAGGAGUGUUGAGCUGAGAUACAGGGCCCGGUGCGGAACCAGCAGAGUGGGGGGCUUACUAGGCAAUGGGCAGGUGGGCUGAGGUGUGAGGCUGGUCUAAAAAGUGAAGCAGGGGCCAGAUGGAGGAGAGGAUGAGUCCGGUUGGGCAGGCAUCUCAGAAGUGAGUCCAGCUUAGACUGAGGGUGGUCCCAAAGAGGAAGGGUACCCAGGGAAGGAACCCCACAGUGAGGCUCGAGGCUGUGAGUCAGGGGGCACCCCCCAUGAAGGAAGCCUCUCCCUGGUGGUCGCCGGAGCCAUGCUAUCGCGCAAGGGCAUCAUCCCUGAGGAGUAUGUGCUGACGCGGCUAGCAGAGGACCCUGCGGAGCCCCGGUACCGUGCCCGUGAGCGGAGGGCCCGCUUCGUGUCCAAGAAGGGCAACUGCAAUGUGGCCCACAAGAACAUCCGGGAGCAGGGCCGCUUCCUGCAGGACGUGUUCACCACACUAGUGGACCUCAAGUGGCCGCACACACUGCUCAUCUUCACCAUGUCCUUCCUGUGCAGCUGGCUGCUCUUUGCCAUGGUCUGGUGGCUCAUCGCCUUUGCCCACGGUGACCUGGCUUCUGGUGACCUGGCCCCUGGAGAGGACACCAUCGUGCCCUGCGUCACCAGCAUCCACUCUUUUUCAUCUGCCUUCCUUUUCUCCAUUGAGGUCCAGGUGACCAUUGGCUUCGGUGGUCGCAUGGUGACGGAGGAGUGCCCACUAGCCAUCCUGAUCCUCAUUGUGCAGAACAUCGUGGGGCUCAUGAUUAAUGCCAUCAUGCUGGGCUGCAUCUUCAUGAAGACUGCCCAGGCCCAUCGGCGGGCUGAGACCCUCAUCUUCAGCAAGCACGCGGUCAUCUCCUUGCGCCACGGCCGCCUCUGCUUCAUGCUGCGAGUAGGUGACCUCCGCAAGAGCAUGAUCAUCAGCGCCACCAUCCACAUGCAGGUGGUACGCAAAACCACCAGCCCCGAGGGUGAGGUGGUACCUCUCCACCAGGUGGAUAUCCCCAUGGAAAAUGGCGUGGGUGGCAACAGCAUCUUCCUGGUGGCUCCCCUCAUCAUCUACCACAUCAUUGAUGCCAACAGCCCACUCUAUGACCUGGCGCCCAGUGAUCUGCACCACCAUCAGGACCUCGAGAUCAUUGUUAUCCUGGAAGGUGUGGUGGAAACCACAGGCAUCACCACCCAAGCCCGCACCUCCUACCUGGCUGAUGAGAUCCUGUGGGGUCAGCGCUUUGUGCCCAUUGUGUCUGAGGAGGAUGGCCGCUAUGCCGUGGACUACUCCAAGUUUGGCAACACCAUCAAAGUGCCCACACCACUCUGCACGGCCCGCCAGCUUGAUGAGGACCGCAGCCUACUGGACGCCUUGACCCUCGCUUCGGCCCGUGGGCCACUGCGUAAACGCAGUGUGGCCAUGGCCAAGGCCAAGCCCAGGUUUAGCAUCUCUCCGGAUGCACUGUCCUGAACCAUGGUUCCUUUGGCUCCCACCCCACAUGUGUGCACAUGGGCAGUGUGUUUUGGUAUGUAGAGUGGACAUGGUGUGGGCCUCUUGGCCAGGCCAGGACCUGGUGUGAGGCCGGGCCCUCUCCAGCUCAACCUCCCCCCUGCUGCUCAUCCAGGGUGUUAUAAGGCAUUGUCACUGCCUAUUUCUGGCCUCAGUAGGAGCCUGUACUGGGUUAUUUUUGUCCCUGCUCCUUCCAGCCCCAACUCAGGACUGGUUGGUCCCCCUCCCCAGACUCAAGGCUUGAAAAACUGUGAGAAAUGUUGGGCCCUAAAGCUGAGUCUCCAGCUAUUCUUGCAGCCCCAUGAUCAACAAGCCACAGCUGGGCAGAUGGCUGAGGAAGAACAGUUCCCAGGUUGGGGGCCUGCUGCUGUGUUUCUGUGGCCCCAAGAGAUGCCUGCGGUCAGGCCCCAGCCACCCUUGAUCCCUGAAAAUGUGGUGAGCUAAAGAGUUGGCCCAGCCAGCUGAGAAGGGUAGUCAUGAGGGAGCACCUUCACAGACAGGGACAGGCUGAGCUGACAGGACUCCCCUCCACAGGGCAGCCCCAGCAGAGAGGAAAUGGCAUGACACUCGCUUUGCUGAGUCCUCUCAGACACAGGGAAGGGGAGAUGGGCCCUGUACCCCUACCCUUUGCCUCAACACCAAGGCUUCUAUGGUGAGGGCUCCGUGGGCUGCUGAGCCUGCCUGUUCCCAUUCUGUUCCCCACCCUCAGAGGCUGGAGUGGACUGAGGAAGACACUGGCGUGACAAGCAGAAAGAGACUGAGGAGAAGGGAUUUCUGGGCCCACUAUACUCAGCAGGCCUCAGACCCAACUCUGGUCCUGGCUUCCCUCCAGUGGCUGCCCCUGACUUUGUCCAGAGGGUGACCGUGGAGGGUCUGUGGAUUGCUAGAAAAGGAGAUGUUGGAAAGCUCAGGACAGUGGGAUGAGCAAGGUUCCUGAGGUGAAGGGGCCCUUGGCCCCGAUAGGCUUGACCCCAGGCCUGGAUUCUUGGAGCAGUGAUGUGUGUACUUACCCAUAAUUCUGCCUUCUCCCUUGUCAAUAAAGCCUCCCUCCUUCAUGA